GGGAAGUUAGUAACUAUGAAUAAGGAAGCUGCCAAUUUGAUGUGUAACCACCCUGCCAGUUUUCACCUGACAUCCUCAGGUUGCGGCUCGUACUUAGCAGCUUGUUCGAUAAGUGUCAUGGCAGCCCUGUGUGUGAACGUGGUGACAGUCAACAUGUUACUGAGUGUCUUCUUUCUUUCAGGUGUUUGGGCUCAAUGUGAUAAGGAAACAGCCCUCUUCAUUACUGCACCAAAGAAGAUGGAAGCACUGAGUGGAUCUUGUUUGAAAAUCCCAUGUAACUAUACAGAGACACCAGGAAAAGGGUUUAACAGCAGCAGAGAAAUCUUUGGAGUGUGGAUUAAAAAUGACUCAAGGUUCGGAAAUCAUCCAGAAAAUGUAGUCUUCAACAGUAGUGGGUCAGUUAACAUCUAUCCAAUGAAUAUUACUGGAAACCUGAGUCAGAAAAACUGCACCACUCUGUUUUCUGAUUUAAAAACAAGUUAUUCAGACAGAUACUACUUCAGAAUUGAGAAUGAACCGUUCAAGGCAACAGCUUCUUGUGAUCCUCUACAAAUAACAGUUAAAGAUUCUCCUUGGAGACCCACAAUUAACAUCUCAGGUGACGUGAAGGAGAAGGAGUCUGUCACUAUCACCUGCUCAGCUUUCACUCCCUGUCCACACUCCCCUCCUCAACUCACCUGGAAUCUACAACAAGACCCUCACAACAAAAUAGAAGAAAACACAGAUGGGACCUUUACAACUAAAAUCCAGGAGACCAUCACUCUGUCAGACACACAUGAUGGAAACAACAUCAGCUGUUCUGUCAGAUAUCCUGUGAAUGAAGAAAACGACGUCAAGACAGCAGAGACACAAGAGACUCUCAGUGUUUCAUAUGCUCCUAAAGACACCUCAGCAUCCAUCAGUCCAUCAGGUUUGGUGUCAGCAGGUAGCUGGGUGAAUCUGACCUGCUCCAGCAGAGCCAAUCCUCCCAUCAGACACUUCACCUGGUUCAAGAACAGCAAAGAUGGACCCAUGAACGUAUCUGAAGGACAAUCCUACAGCUUAAAUGUGACUGAAGGGGGAGUUUAUUACUGUGUGGCCUCGAAUCAACUUGGUAACCAGACGUCACCGUGGAUUCAUCUGAAUGUUGAAGGUAAAGAUUCUCCUUGGAGACCCACAAUUAACAUCUCAGGUGACGUGAAGGAGAAGGAGUCUGUCACUAUCACCUGCUCAGCUUUCACUCCCUGUCCACACUCCCCUCCUCAACUCACCUGGAAUCUACAACAAGACCCUCACAACAAAAUAGAGGAAAACACAGAUGGGACCUUUACAACUAAAAUCCAGGAGACCAUCACUCUGUCAGACAGACAUGAUGGAAACAACAUCAGCUGUUCUGUCAGAUAUCCUGUGAAUGAAGGAAAAGACGUCAAGACAACAGAGACACAAGAGACUCUCAGUGUUUCAUAUGCUCCUAAAGACACCUCAGCAUCCAUCAGUCCAUCAUGUUUGGUGUCAGCAGGUAGCUGGGUGAAUCUGACCUGCUCCAGCAGAGCCAAGCCUCCCAUCAGACACUUCACCUGGUUCAAGAACAGCAAAGAUGGACCCAUGAUCGUAUCUGAAGGACACUCCUACAGCUUCAAUGUGACUGAUGGAGGAGUUUAUUACUGUGUGGCCUCAAAUCAACAUGGUAACCAGAAGUCACCGUGGAUUUAUCUCAAUGUUGGAGGGUGUAGGGUUGAUGUCCAUGUGACAGUGAAGAUCCUGGGAAUUGUAAUUCUCUACAGUACAAUCAUCAUCUUUGAGUGCUGGUUUAGAUCAAGAUUCUCCAACAAACCAGAGAAGGACACAGAAGAUGAAGGCGACUACGUCAACAGAGUGAUUGAGAUUCAAGCUUCAUGAGCCACAAGGAGAGGAGGAAGAUGUCAAGUUCACUGUCAGUGAAAUGAUUUAUUAUUUAUUAUUCUUUGUUUCUACCUGCACAUGUGUUACUUAUCUAAUGACAUGUGUUUUUUUUGGUGGAUCACAGCAUCAUCCAAGUCUGUACAUAUGAAAUGAUGUUGUUUUAAAGAAGAUGAAGAUUUGAAUAUGAAACAUUUGUUUUUCUUUGUUUCUAUCUGGAGGGUAAAGAGGUUUGGUUUUCAGGAAGCUCAAACACGUUUGUGUAAGACUGAUCUGUUUAUGUCUUUUUUGUUUGUUUGUUUUAAAGAAGUUGAGUUAAAUACAUUUAUAAGACAAUUACAUGUAGAUAUUUCUGAUGAGGAAGUAGCAGAAGUGUGAAGGAGGUGUAUCCUGAAUGAGAGUGUGAAUGUAUCCUGUCACUUUUGUUCAUAUAUUUUGAUGAUUGCUGAAUUAUUGUAACAACAUGUUGGCUUUAUAAAAACAAAUUUAUGUCAUUUAUUUUGUGAACAAGUUGUAAAAACACAAAUAAAAGACAUUUGAAGUGGA